UAAUGCUGUCAGUAUCAUCAAGGUAAAGCAAAGACAACAGCGUUUCAAAAAGGGAAUUAUCUGAAUUAACCGACUUUGAUCACCGGACAAUGAAGUUCCUGGUUAUUGUGAUCCUCUACCUCCUUAAAGGUGGGAGUUGGGGAUUAAACUUGACAGAGUAUGCAGGCCGAUCCAUCGUUAUCAAGUGUAACUACACAAGUGCACCUGUGAAUGAAGAAAAAUAUUUCUGCAAGGAAGCACAAAACGUGUCCUGUGAUGAGCAAAUCAGGAGCAAUGUGUCAGAAAAGUGGUGGCAAAGCAAAGGCCGAUUCUCUCUGUAUGACCAACCUGCCAAAGGCUUCAUUAAAGUGUCCAUGAGAAACUUAACUGAGAGUGACAGCGGCAAAUACCGGUGUGGAGUUGGUGGCAGUGGAGUGAAUGGCGGACAUAUUGAAGGCACUGAGGUGUAUUUGGACGUAACAGAGGGUAAAACAGAAUCCAGGAAACCUCCUGUGUAUGAGGGAUAUACAGGAGAAAACAUCUCUAUUAAGUGCCCUUAUGACCUGGGGAAGUACAGAGAUGACAUGAAAUACAUUUGUAAAAAUGAAGCAGUUGCAUGUACGGAUAGAGUAAGAACAGGGAAAAAAGAUCAAUGGUUCAAUCCUGGAAAAGAAUCCAGAGGUAAAGUUAGGUUCUAUCUCUAUGACAACACCACUGGAGGAUUCUUCAUGGUGAACAUCACCAACCUCACUACAGAGGAUGCUGGGACGUACUGGUGUGGUGUCCACAUCUCUUUUCAACAGAACUCUCCUCUCUCAGUGGACAACCUCACUGAAGUAAUACUCAACGUGAAGAAUGGUUCUCAUAAAGACGAUUCAAAAGUUACUUCACUUGUCUGUGCAUCUCUGGCCGUGGUGGCGCUGAUGUUUGGAGUCACACUCUUCAUUUGUUGGCAACGCAGAAGGAACACCAGAAAAGGUCUUGUAACAGAUUCUAACCUAGAAAAACACAACAACUCUGAUUCCGGCCACAGAGAUUGUGAGUAUGAGGAGAUACAGGAACCCACCCACCCUCUCAACAGGGCUGGAACCGAAGACAACGCUGUUUAUGCCAACGCUCAAUUACCCACAAACCUCUCUGACAACCACACAUACUCUACUAUUCACUUACCCACAAUGCAGUCUGAUGAUGCAACAUACUCCACUGCUCGAUUACCCACUAUGCACUCUGAUAAUGCAACAUAUUCUAUGGCUCAAUUACCCAAUAUGCACUCUGAUAAUGCAACAUAUUCUAUGGCUCAAUUACCCAAAAUGCAAUCUGGUGAAUCCACAUACUCAACUCUUCAAUUGCCCAACAACCCUGGUGGUGACUCCACUGUUACCUUACCCAGAAACCCCACAGACUGCAUCACAUAUAGCACUGUUCAAUUACCCAUAACACGUUCUGCCUGACACCACUGAUAUUAUGUGUGAAUCCAUUUCACUGAGCUGGAUGUACUGAUUCUAGGAACAAAUGACAAACAGUGAUUUCAAUUUUGACAUUUAA